GACAAUAUACACGCGGAAAACAAAUAGAGGAUACCGCGACUACAAAAACAACGAUGAAGAUGCAUUCAAUACUCCCGCAAUUCCACCCCACCUCUACGACAGCCCAACCCACCCGCUACCAAUCAUUUAUCAAGAACCACCCCAUCCAAAGAUCGAAAGUAGUUUCCAUCAUCCUCUUCGUCCUCGCUGUUCUCGCUAUAACUACACACCUCCUUACCAGUUCCGACAUCCCCUCGCUCUCAAAUGGAUUCGCGCACACCAUCGCAGGCGCAAAGUCGUCAAACACGGAUUCAUGCACCACCCUAUCCGCAGAAGCGCAGCCAUGCGUCGAAGUUUGCAGAAGAGAGUUCGUAGACCGAGAGACCAUGGAAAUGAUGGUAGGGUUUGGCGAGUGCGAACGAAAGUGUUUGAAGACGUACUUUGCGGAAGGUUGUACCGGUGGAGAAAGAGUGGGCGCUGAAGUUGCAGCCACCGAGAUCGCAAGCGAUGCUGUAUGAGCGCGAUGCAGGCCAACAUUAGAAGACGACCCAAAAGAUAUUGUUUGAU